UACUAUAACAUCGUCGUCGACGUCGUCGUCGUCGUCGCGACUUCACCCCCCUCGAGGCUCGAGCUCUCCGCCGGGACGGCGCGGUUCAGCGGCUCAGCUUCAGCUCGACGGAGCUUGAAGCGCCAUCGAAGAUGGCGACCGGAGGGUAGGGUCGGAGACACGCUUCGCUAUCGGCAACCUCUUCCCGGGUGGAGACGGCCGCCCGCCCGCUCGAGUCGGACUCUACGAUGGUGGCGGGUUUCUCCGGUUUUUUUGCUAUUCAGGAUUUCAUCGGGAUACGCAGUGGCUAAAACAUAUUAACAUGUGCACAAAUUCAUGUCGGUUUUCUCUCGAAAUGGAAUUAACACGCUAACACCCAUACUUCACUCUUCGUCAACGUCUAGUCAAAGAGAUAGGGAAAAGAAAGAAGAGAUAUAUAACUCGGCGAGCACAAGAAAAUCUUCGAUUAUUCGGAGAUAAGGAUCGACAUAAUAUACGAGUAACGAAACCAAAGCGUGUAAAUAUAGAACCAGAUAACCGAGCUGAUUCACACACAGAGGAAUCUCGACGGUCAUCCUCCUCUCGAGAGGCGUCGCGCUGGUGAUAUCAUACCAAAGAAAAAUCGAUCUUAUACUAUAAGUUCCUGUAUCUGCUCCAUCGCCUGCAAUCAAGUAACGAGAUAGAAAAAGCAAACAAUCAUUGGGGAGAUCAAAACCUGAGUAAAGUCAUCGUUUUUUUUUUUUUUUUAUCAAUAUUGAGUUAAUUAGAUAAGAUAAUUAAGGACCGCAAGAUUUCAUCGCUCGAGGUAUCGUGUUAUCGAAGUACUAGAGAGAUUACGCUUAAGUGGGAUAAAUGAAAAGGAAGCGCGUAAGCAGAUUAGCUGAGAAAACAUCUUGAAAAAAGGCGAUCAACAUAAUUGCGAAACGCAUAUCGGGCCGGAUAUCGAUUCGACGCGGACGACGACUCGAAAAUUGCGACGGGUUGAUCGAGUUCCCCGGUAACAUCGAUGCGGUGUUGGUCGAGUCAGCGUUUCCAUUCAGCGAUCGCAGGAAGCAACGUAUUUUAGCGAAAGGAUUCCCUUUCGCUCAGAAGGACGGCUCAUCUUUAUCUCCGCACGAGUGGAUGCAGCGAGAGGACCAACGCAUUGUUGAUUUCUAUGGACCCUUCUAUCACUCCAGAGACUGAAAACAACAAGCCGAUCAGUCAAAGAUAAAAUCCUGAAAGGCUCGAGGGAGACUCGAACGCGCCGCUUAUACUUUAAAAUCAAUGAAUGCUGAAGACGGGGAAGUCGCGCGGAGCACACAUUUCCAAUGUGCGGACUUUAUCGAGGAAUCCCCGAGAACGAAUUAACUUCGAAGUGAAGCAGGCGAUAAAUGCUGCGACGAGUAGGCGAAUGCCAGGGUGAAAAAGGUGAGAGGUCAUAGACAUAAGAAAGGAAGGGUUGCGCUGACAAUCGCGCGGAGGGAGGCCGAGGAUCCGUCUGGAAGAACGCAGAAAGAGCGACGGGUCGAGAGGAGUUUCAGCGGACACACGAGGGCAAGAGAAAGAGAGAGAGAACGAGAGAAGGAAAGACGAGAGGGAGAAGAGCCCCCGUCGGGAGGGGUGCACAUCGGGCUGAUAUCGACCGAGGAUUGCGCUUGCGUGGAAAAAGGCGCGAGCGCAAUCGCGCUCCAAGAGAGCAGCGGCGUCCUCAGCGUCGAAAGAGGAAGAGGAACCUCUCGUUCCCCGACGUCAGUCGAUCGUCGCGCCGACGAGGAACGGGCUGCCGGCCCGGGAAACGACUUCCGUCUGGUAGAGGCCAGGCCAGGGCAGGGCCCCGCUGUUACGACACGGUGAUUCCAACGCCCGCACUGGCCCGCACUUCCGGGAGCUGCCCUGCCCGGGCGCGAUCUCGCGGUGAGCUCGACUCCGCUCGGCAUCGCGUCCGAAAUCGUCACCGACGGGGAAAAACCGGCGCGGGCGGAGGGGAGGGGAACGGGGCAGGCGAGGUAUAUCGGGACGAUAAGAGCGCGAUAAGCGAACCCGCGCUUUACAAACGCGCCUGUGUGCGCGUGCAUAUAUAUAUAUAUAUAUAUAUGUGCGGUCUCUUCUCUUCUCCCCUUUUGGUCUCUCUCUCUCUCUCUCGCUUUCUCAGUCUGACCUCGCCGCCGUUCGCGCCGAUAAAAGACGAAUCCCCGAGUUUUCUUUGAGAACAACCGCGUCGCUACUAGUUCGGAAUUGACGAUACCACGGUGCGGUUAUUAGGCACACAUUAGAGUAACGAAGAUUAAUAUAUCCGGAUUCAAUCGAAUUCGUCAAACGUUUCGCUGAUAACGCUGUCGCCUUUUUUCCUCUCGGAUUCGAUCGCACGACAUGAAGCGACAUCGAUGCCUGGCGGUUUCAUGGAAGUGAAUUAAUUAGCGUAAUAAAUUCAGAAGUCGAGCAAUCGCGAUUUUUUUCUGGACUCUCGAGAUUUAUCUCUAUAGAAAAUUUGAUCUCAACUUAUCUAUUGUAUAUAGAAAUACGAUUUCAAUUACCUAUCGGCGUAGUUCUUCGGGGUAGUAAGACGUGUUUACGAGUUUGAUCGAGGGUAGAAAAGUGAUGACUGAUGCGAGUUAUCUAAAGGCGAGCAAUUGACACGUCAUACGGUAUGCUGAGAUAAUCAAAGUCAAGCGUCGAAGUCUCUUGAGGCGUUACAUCGCGAUCGCGCUGCCUGUGGCAAUGAUCAGCAUGCAGCAGCAAACGGUCUUGAACCAGAUAGCCGGUUCCGAGCAGCCGCAGGAAGAAGUUCAGCUGACCGAAUUGCUGCCAGUGAAGCAAUCACGCAUCAGGGAGAAUAUCUUCAAGGACGGCGACGCGACCGACGCUCUGAAAGCGCUCAGAAGUUUUUCAGGUGAUUGCGAGAGCUUCGAGUUGCGAGAUUACAACUUCGAGCAGUCGGAACGUCAAAGCGGCAAGCAUCGACGAUCGGAAGCUCGUCGAAGGCGAACGGACGAGCUCAAGAACAAUACUGAAGAUGUAGAUUCCGAUGAAGAGAAGACUAACGACGAGGCGACAGGGAAGAACGCGAAGAAAACGCGAGGCGGCAAGAAAAAUGGUCCCGUGAAAGCGUCGAAGAGGAAGUUGGCAAAAUCGAGUAAAAGGAAGGAUGAUGACGGCGAUUGUGGAACGAACGAGAAAUUGAUCAGGAAGAAUCCAGCCGGAUGCGACGAAGCGUUCGCGCCCGAUUACGAAGAAGAAGACGUCGACGAACAGCUGUACUUGGACUUGGAUAACAGAGAAUGUUUUAAGGACGAAGUAUACGUAUACAGACGAGAACCCCUGGAUCCGUGUUCAAACUCAGAACCGGAAGAAUCAGGAACAAUCCGAGAUCCCGAGAUCCAACAGGACUUUAGCGAGAAGGAUUACUCCACUACGGAUGGCGAUCUGUUCGACGGAGCUGCUCGGCGAAAGAAAGAUUUUGCUAAGAACGGUGAAAAAUGUGAGACGUCCAACGUCGAUGAAGUUGUCGAGAAGGAAAAUUCCGAGAAAGAGCUCAGACUGAAGAUCGACGCUAUCAUUCAAGCGAAUUACCUGUUGGAGCGCGAGAACAACAACGUCGUCGAUUCCGAAAAACUCAAAAUAGCGGAGAAUAUCAGCAACUCCUCCACUAUCGCCUCAAUAAACGCCGAGAGCAGCGACAGCUCUCUGUGCGACUCUGUCGAGACGAAGAAGGUGAUGAAGAAGAAAAAGAAGAAAAAAAAGAAGACCGAGGAGACUACGCAGGUGAAGGACCAGAAUCCUCAGAAGAAGUAUUGCUGCGUCGUGUGCGAGGCGCGCUUUAAGGGUAGCGGUGGUCUGCGGAAUCACUACAAGGUGGUGCACGGCGCCGGACCGGUGUUCAAGUGCGACGAGUGCGGCAAGGAAUUUCCGCUGAAGGAACGGCUGAAGUUGCACGUGCGCACGCACACCGGCUUCAAGCCGUACAAGUGUCCGGAGUGCGAUAAGAGCUUCGCGCGAGGCGGUCAACUGGUGCAGCAUCGUCGCACCCAUAGCCAGGUCAGACCGUUUCGCUGUGGGUUGUGCUCCAACAGCUUCACCUGCGCGGCCAAUCUAUCGCUGCACGUGAAACGUCACAACGGCCAGAAGGAUCACAAGUGCGAUCUAUGUGGACGCGCUUUCGUGCGCCGUGACGCCCUGAAGAAGCACCUGGAGUGCUUGCACCGUGACGUCAAGUCGUUCCUCUGCGCAAUUUGCAACAAAACCUUCAAGGGCCAUCUACCGCAGCACAUGAGGACGCAUGCACGUGAUCGUCCACAUGGUUGCGCCACGUGCGGCCAGCGAUUCGCCCAAAAGUCCCAGCUGACGGUGCACCAGAGGACCCAUUCCGGUCAGCGACCGUUUCGUUGUCUCGUCUGUUGGCAAGCUUUCGCUCAUUCGACUGCCCUAAAACUACACACCCGUCGUCACACCGGUGAACGACCUUUUAAGUGCUCCGAGUGCAACGCUGGUUUCACUCAGCUGCCACAUUGGAAGAAGCACAUGAAGUGCAUACAUGGCAGGAACGAUCCGUACGGCUGUAAAAGUUGCAAGAGUUUCUUUAGGAUCAAGAGCGACCUGGAGAGCCACGAGAAGACCUGUCAUCCGGAGACGGAAGUGGAGGACGACAGUAGCGGUACCGCAGGCAAGCCGAUCUGCGGCUCCGAGAUCGUCGAGAAGAACUCGGUCACUGCGAAGUAUAAGUUGAUGACAGUGGAGAAGAUGCGGCUGCUGUUAGCGGUGUUGCUGAAGAGGAUCAGCAAGCAGGAACGAUUGGACGAGCUCGGCUUCGGUAAACGUCUCAUCGACGACGUUCUCCAGGAUUCUCUUGUGUCCGCUGGUAAAGAACCGGUCACGGGAGAUGGUUUGUCCGAGCUCGAGGCUCUCACCCGAAAUCUGGAACUCUUCCUGGAAUGGACGGUCCCGAAGGAGCACUGGGAGAAUUUCCGUAGGAUGAAAAAAUCGCCCGAGGAUAUUCUGGAAGUGCUUACGGCUACGUAAAUAUAUAUAUAUAUAUAUAUAUAUAUAUAUAUAUAUAUAUAUAUAUAUAUAUAUAUAUACACACACGCUUGCUAACAAUAACUUUAUUAUCUUCCUGUCGGCGUGAAAUUUACAAAAUAGCAAAAAAUCAGAUUAACAGUAAAAUCAUCUCGCACGCGUUUAUAUGAACGAUGGAAUGUUUCAACAAGUGUCUUUUUUUCUGUGCAUUCUUUCUCUAGUUAUAUGAAAAAAUUACAUCAAAAUUUUAGCGUUUACAGUUCGAUAUCCAUUAUUAUCUCUUUUCUAAUAUUUCGAUAUUUUUAUUUUAAUGUUACAUUCAUUUUUUCACGAGAUUUAUGUAUAGAUUUUAAAAAUCUUUACAUUUUUUCUAGUUCAACAGGAGAGAAAAAUCUUUUAGAAAAUGAAAUAGAAAAUUGCGACGGUUGAUUGAUCUUUACAUCUUCAUUCUUAAUAAUAAUAGACUAAUAAUAAAUUCUUUCGCACGCAAGGACUAUAAAGGACCGAUGGAUCAUUUUUAAUCAUUCAACGGAUGAAACAAUCAAGGCAAUAGAUUAUAGAUUGAAAUCGCGCGUAUAUAUAUUUUUCUCUCUCUCUCUCUCUCUGUUUUUUUCUUCUUAGAUUUCUUUGUACCGCUUGAAAUUGGAAAAUGCGUAACAUUUCACCGUUUUCCGUGUGAUAUAUAUAUAUAUAAUCUAUAAUAAUUAACAAAUAUGUUAAAUAAUCUCCUGUGGUGCCAUGUGUCGUAAUACUUGCCAUACUAAACCAGUCAAUAUACCGUAUUGCUUAGAAGCUAAAUAUAAAAUAUAAAUUCGUCAUUUUAUUUAUAACGUAAAGUAAAUUAACGAAGAGCAGCGCGUUGUUGAAUUAAAAAAAAAAGAUACGAAGAAAACAUACACAUGUUUUUCUCACACGACAAAAAUAAAUCCUGGCACCGCGCUCCUUUACGCGAUUUUACACGACUGAUGUAGAGUUAGAUGUUCUCUUGCCAUAUUUGUUAAAACAUACAUACAUACAAAUGUGCACAUUAGUAAAGAAUACGGCGGAGGCUUGCAUUUUUGCACUUACAUUUUAUCGCAAUUAUAAGCAGACACGACUGUUCGUUAUAUACCGUAUACCAAAAAAAAACGAGGCUAUUA